CUUAACUUGGAAUAUUCUAAGAGAGUGUACCAAGGCGUUCGAGUCAAGCACACAGUCAAAGACCUGCUGGCGGAGAAGCGAUCCCGACAAACAACUGGGCCCAGAUACGGUGGAGGAUCGACAACUCCACCUUCAUUUGUCCAGAUGCCAGGGUCUCACAUGCUGCCCAGCUACUAUGGCAUGAGGCGUCCCUUCAUCUCAGAGUCAGACUUCUGCCAGUCCACCAAGCAGUUCUCUCCUGACAUCUAUUCAUCCACUCUGGGAGGUAAACCUCUGGGCUGCGAGCCCUCCGCCAUGAGCAGCUACUCCUCCCUCAUUGACAGCUACUACCCAGAGACCUUCGGUGAUUACCGCAGCGCCGCCGCCUUCUCCAGCUCUGGAGGAUCCUUUCUCCCCUCAUCGGCCCUCUCAUCCCUGCUGCCUUUCGGUGGAGAGUCCUCGCAUUUAUUUCUGAGAGAUUCAUGGGAGCAGUCAGUACCAGAGCCAGUUUCCCAGGUGGAGGCUCUGUGUCCAGACAGCCUGGCCUCCGUCAACGUCCCGCCCUCCAUGUCCAGCCCAGAGCACCCAGGGAGCCCCUCCCAGUACCGCUCCCCCAGCCGAGGUUCCUCUAUGGGCCCCGUGUCUAGCAGCCAACCCUACACCCUGCACUCUCUGGAGGACGCCCACUACCACUCCUUAACCACCACCAGCUCCUACCCG